CUCGAUGAAUGUAGUUUGAUCCUUUUUAUGGCAUCGAUGUCGCUAUCGCGGCUAUUGCGCCCUAACUUGUCAUGUACAUCGUGCGCUCAUUCGGCGAUUUUGCCUUAAACUCUUACUCGGCACCGAAAAGACAAGCCGGAAGAACCAAUUUGAUACGCUCGAUGUCCGGAGGAGAGGAGGAGGUGAUGAUUGCCAUAUAAAUUGCGUCAAAUACGACAAAGAGCAUGGAUGAUAUCCCGGCAUACAUUCGGCAUUUAAUCCCCUCGACAACAGAAAAAUGCUCGAUCGUCCUCUGCCCCGCGGUAAUGGAACAUGGAAAGAAGGCGGAAUCGACAAGUCGAUUCGACAGCGUAACGCUAUCUCAUCAUCCUUACAAAGAGUAUAAAGAUGGCCUUUUCUUUUGCUUUUCUCUUCAAAUUUCCUACACCGUCAAAUCAGAAUGACUUUCUUAACUACAAGUGUUGCUCUUAUCAUUUUGCUUUGGUCGUGUGCUGUGGCCGAGCAUGUUAUCUUGUAUUGGAAUGUAGGCUGGGUUGAGAACGUCAACUUGGACGGAUUAUUCACCAGACGAGCUAUUGGCAUCAAUGGGUUCUACCCUCCUCCAAUCAUUAUGAUCAAUCAGACAGAUUCCCUCACAAUCAAUUUCAAAAAUGCUUUCAGUGAUGGCAGAGGAACCGCUUUGCACUCUCACGGCAUGUUUUUCAACAACACGGGCUAUUUCGAUGGAGCUGCUUCCAUUACUCAAUGUCCGAUCCCAGACGGAGAGUCAAUUGCUUACCAACCGCACAACUCCCCUCACAGUCCAGCCAUUCGUCAAGAACAAUGGGGCACCUAUUGGACUCACGGUCACUACGACGGUCAAUACGUGGAUGGAUUACGAACGCCCGCGAUCAUUCAUGCGACCAACGAGCUGUACAAGUAUGAUGAUGAUUACACUAUCAUAUUAGCAGAUUGGUAUCACCGUGAGCAUCAUGAUUUGGUGGUUAACGAGCUUAUCAAUGUCAAGAAUCCACUUGGCAAUGACCCAGUCCCUCAGUCAGGUCUGGUUUACUUUGCCCAUACAGCAAAGGGUGCAACUGCUGAGUACUUGCCAGGCUACAAUGAGAACGCCACGUUGUUUUUUGAGCCAGGUAAAACAUAUCGUCUACGCCUAAUCAAUAUGGCCGCUAUAUCCAAAUUUCAAUUUUGGAUUGAAGGUCACGAAAUGAGCAUCAUCGAAGCCGAUGGUGUGGACGUGGAAGAAGUUCCGGUAGACAAAAUUGACCUUGCAGUUGCUCAAAGGUAUUCGGUUUUGGUACAUGCAAGAAAUGAUACGAGUCGUAAUUGGCCAGUUCACGUAAAUUUGGAUCCCGUGAUGUUUAGCAAAGUACCGAAAAGUUUGCAAUUGAACAUCACCUCAGCGAUUGCCUACAAAGAAGGAAAUCCAAUGGGAUCUGAUCGACCAACAAUUUAUUACGACUAUUUUGAUGAUACAGCUUUGGUGCCUGUCAUCAGUCAGCCUCAAUUGCCUGCUGAUGUUAGCUUCGUCAGAUCAUUUGAUUGGAAUACGUUUAGUAAUGGAAAAGAUUAUGCUUUUGUGAACGAUACGAUUUUUAUUCCUCCGCUCACGCCUUCCCUCUUUACUGCACUCAGUAUGCCAACAAAUGAAUCAAAGUUGCCCAUCGCAUACGGACCAAAUGGUAAUGCGAUAGUCGUGGAACACAUGAAGUCAUUCGAGAUUGUUUUGCUCAACCUUGGCAAAUUAGGUCAUCCAUUCCAUUUGCAUGGACAUCAAUUUCAAGUAGUACACAGAAGUCAAAAUUUCAAAUCAGAUGAUCCUGCGAUCAAUCCGGUCAAGAAAGAAGGCCAAGUCAAUCCAUUACGCCGUGAUACUGUUCAGGUUCCUGCGGGUGGUAGCGUUUCUAUACGUAUGGUCGCCGAUAAUCCCGGUGCCUGGAUCUUGCACUGUCAUAUCGAUUGGCAUUUAGCCGCUGGAUUAGCAAUGGUCGUUAUCGAAGCACCAGAAAAGAUCCAAGAAAAUCUUCAAGUACCGUUUUACCUGUUUCAACAGUGUCAGCAACAAGGUUUACCUGUUUCUGGUAAUGCAGGAGGAUUCCAAUCUUUAAAGGACUUUGGUGCCUUGCCUCUUGCUCCUACACCGUUGAAGUCCGGCUGUACUAUCUAUACAGUUGUUACGAUUCUCGCCUGUGCCUUUGCUGCCUUAUUGGGGAACGGAACAGUAAUUUUGUACAGUUCACGUUAUUCAAACGAUGCAAAUGAAGAUGAAGAAUGAUUAAUUUCGUUCUCUUUCUAGUCUUGUUCCCGGUAGGGAUGUGAAAGAUUACGUCAUGAGAUAAGAGCAACUUACGCCUUUAGCGCUACCUUCCUUCUCCGCUCGUUGUCACAUUUCAAUAUUCAUACGAAAUACUAUGUCACUGCACGCUUAUCCGGCGAAUGCA